AUGCCAAUGGGUGGAGGCGGCAGUACAAUCGGCGGUAGUAGUGUUCUUGGCAGCGGUCAUGGCGGUGGCAUGCCCAUGAGCGCUGGCAUUAGCAGUAGUACAGUUGGUGGUAUGGUAGGAAGCGGCGUUGGUGGUCUUGUUGGAGGUCCUCCUGGCAUGAUGACAAGCGGUGGUGGAAUUGGUGGAGGCGUUGGUGGUGGAACACCCGGCAAUAAUGGUGGUGUAAUGUUAUCCGGCGGUGGUGUUGGCGGUGGCUGCUAUGGUGGACAAAGCACGGCUCCCGGAUCGGUUGUCGAUUCCCGGGCUGUAUCAGUUGUAGUAACUCUGCCCGGCCCUCAGCAUGGGCAAGCAUUGAGUGACUAUGGUCCUAUAUAGUUGACGGCACGUCCAUAUACCGCUCAUUGGGUAUCAACCAGCAGUUUUAGCCAACUCUAAACUGCUCUGUUGGGCGCCACUGUUAACACUUACCACCAAAAACAAUACGACAAACACCCCAUUUAUCUAGUCCAUUGAAUAGUUUUCAUUGAAAACAUAUAUUAAAAUUAAAAAAUAUUAAAAAACACACAACAUGCACAAUUAAGUAAUUUUUUAAUUUCAUUUUUAAAUUACAUUAACUAUACGAAAAUAAAAUUUUAAAAAAAAUAAACAAAAAAUCAAUAAAACAAAAGCCUCUCCAUUCAAAAUGGUGGGGUCAGUGUAAUAUUUUUCUUUAUAAUUCUUUAUAAAUAUUUAAAAAAUGUAUAUUGUAUAAAUAACAAUGACUGAGUAUAAGGAGGGACGCCAUUUUGCAGGUAAAAACAAAACACUGCCAAAAAAUAAAACAACAUGAACAUACAAAAUAUGUUUUCAAUGUCAAAUCGAAUACAAAACACAAAAACAUUUAUUUAAAAACAAAAUGAAUCCUUUUGAAUCAAAUUAAACAACAAAAAUUGUAAAUAUUCUUAAUAAAUUAUUUUUUAAAUUUAAAUUUUACCUACAAAAUAAAAACACAAAACUUUAGCUUCUAAGUUAUAUAAGACCCGAAUUUCUCUCUCUGUAAAAAGAUAGGUUAAGUUUUAAGAAAAGGGGAAAAAUCAAUAAAAUUUAUUUCUAAUAUAUUUAAAAAAAAA